AUGGGGCCACAACAAACACCAGUACCAAUACAGUGUCCAUGGCCAGCCCAGGCCCCGAAACAGAAUGAUAAUGCUCCAGAUGAGCAAAAUGAAGAAACCUGUUAUGACGAGGUUUCACCCCGUAUGAGUACUUGCCAGCCGCCAUCAUUGUCUCAGCAACUGCUGGCACGUUCCGUGGGACGUACACCUCGACUCCGAUACCUAAUCAGUUAUUAUGCCGAAGUCAUUGCUCCGAUGAUUGUGGCAUUCGAUAGUCCAACCAACCCUUUUCGAACGUAUGUUCUUCGACUGGCGCAGCAAAGCACAUCGCUCCAAGAGGCCAUCGCUACGUUGGCCAGCUGUAAUCUGCGACAGCGACGCGAACGAGGAAUGAGAGCGACGGAGCGAACCUUGCCGGGGCGCAUGUCGUCCUUGGCCCACCAAGCCUUGACCGAUGGAGCAUUACAGGACCGGGCUGGUAUCAGGAUGCCUGAAGAAUAUGCCCAGGAAGAGCAGUAUCAUCGAGGCAUGGCGGUCUCUGCUUUGAAUCGGGAAUUGGCCGAUCCGCACCAGAGGCUUUCUGACUCUGUCCUGGCGACCUUACUCAUCCUCUGUCUAUUCCAUGGGUGUGAUACAGGGGUCGCUCAAUUCAAGACGCAGUUUGCGGGGGUGACGAAAUUGUUAGCCAUCCGACUGUGCAACUCACCUUGCAUGUCGGACGAGCUGAAAUGGUUUGUUCGGAUGUUCACAUGGAUUGACACGAUGACCGCCACCACCAAUGACCGCGAGGUACAGCUUCGCGGUGCUUGCCUGGAUAUCACCGCCGCCUCGGACGGCGAAUGGGGACUGGAAAAUCUGGCGGGAUGUGAUGCCGGACUUUUCAGAAUCGUAGCGCAGCUAGGUCGUUUGAACCUUCUGAGUCAAAAUCAAGAAGUCCGCACAUCUACGCCACCAGACAUCCAUAUGCCAUCCACUACUCUCCCGCCCUCGAUGGCGUUCUUUCCAUCGAACAAUCUAGCCACUUCGUCCGGUCCCUUUACAUUUUCAUUGCCGCCGCCGCCGCCUGGUGGUCGUAACGGAGCACAGCUGCCGCCGGCGUUCUGGGCGGAAUGGUAUUCUCUCCGACAGAAGCUUGAGUCCUGGCGUUUUGUUCCCCACCGAUCGCAAUCGGAUUCGCCUCUCUUUACAACCAGCCACGCCUACAUCUCGCCCCCUUCAUCGCCGACAGACCAGCCGGUGGUCGCAACUCACAAUCUGAAGGACAUCAUACACAUCUCUGAGUCAUUCCGUCAUGCGGCGAUCUUGUACAGUGAACGACUCGCCUAUCCAGACCUACCGUCCGAUCACCCUCGUAUCCAAAACAUUGUGCAACACAUAAUGAGUCACAUUAUGACUGUCCAGUCUGACGCGUAUCUCCUGUGGCCACUAUUCAUCACCGGGUCUGAGUGCGUGCGUGCCGAUCAUCGCGCCAUUAUCCGCCAACGGUGCAAAGAUCUAUCCAGAGACUCUGGGUUCUUUAACAACCUCUCCUGCCUGCAGCUGCUGGAGAAGAUCUGGGCAGAGAACCCUGCUGCGGAUGGACUUCCUGCUGUCUCAUCCCUUGAUUUUGGCUUGCAGGCAACCGCCAACGGGACCGUAAGCGAGGUUACAUUUCUCCCGCCUGGAAGCUGGGCCUCCUCCCAGCAUGAGGCAUUCAUGUCUCCGACACUGCCCUCUGUCUCUCGGAAGCAGGGAUUCCGCUGGCACGAGGCGAUGCAAACCAAACGCGCGGAGGACGAAUAUAUGACUGUAUGA